AUGGCUUGUUCUGAGGAGCAAGGAGGUGUCCCCUGUGGCUUCAUCCGCCAGAAUUCUGGUAACUCCACGUCUUUGGACUUUGAGCCAGAUGCAGAGUACCAGUUUGUGGAGCAGCUGGAAGAGCGCUACAGAUGUGCCUUCUGCCGCUCAGUGCUUCACAACCCCCACCAGACGGGCUGUGGGCACCGCUUCUGCCAGCACUGCAUCCUGUCCCUGAGAGAAUUAAACGCAGUCCCACUCUGCCCUGUAGAUAAGGAGGUGAUCAAAUCUCAGGAGGUGUUUAAAGACAAUUGCUGCAGAAGAGAAGUCCUCAAUUUAUAUGUAUUUUGCAAAAAUGCUCCUGGAUGUAAUGCCAAGGUUAUUCUGGGACGAUACCAGGACCACCUUCAGCACUGCUUAUUCCAAGCUGUGCAGUGCUCUAAUGAGAGCUGUCGGGAGCCAGUCCUUCGCAAAGAUCUGAAAGAGCAUUUGAGCGCAGACUGUCCGUUUCGAGAGGAAAAAUGCCUUUAUUGCAAAAAGGAUGUGGCAGUCAUCAAUCUACAGAAUCAUGAGGAAAACUUGUGUCCUGAGUACCCAGUAUCUUGUCCCAACAAGUGUUUGCAGAUUAUUCCAAGAACUGAGGUGGAUGAACACCUUGCUGUGUGUCCUGAAGCUGAACAAGACUGUCCUUUCAAGCACUAUGGCUGUACUGUAAAGGAUAAACGAGGAAACCUGCAGGAGCAUGAGCAUUCAGCCUUACGGGACCACAUGCUUCUGGUUUUAGAAAAGAACUUCCAGUUAGAAGAACAGAUUUCUGACUUAUAUAAGAGCCUAGAACAAAAAGAAAGUAAAAUCCAGCAGCUAGCAGAAACCGUAAAGAAAUUCGAAAAGGAGUUCAAGCAGUUUGCACAGUUGUUUGGCAAAAAUGGAACUUUCCUCUCAAAUAUACAGGUUCUUGCCAGUCACAUUGACAAGUCUGCUUGGCUAGAAGUUCAGGUGCGUCAGUUAUUACAAAUGGCUAACCAGCAACAAAGUAAAUUUGAUCUGAGGCCUUUGGUGGAAGCGAUUGAUACAGUGAAACAGAAAAUCACCCUGCUAGAAACCCAUGAUCAAAGAUUAGUUGUUUUGGAAGGGGAGACUAACAAACAUGAUGCCCACAUUAAUAUUCAUAAAGCACAGCUGAAUAAAAACGAAGAGCGAUUUAAGCUGCUAGAAAGUGCCUGCUAUAACGGAAAGCUCAUCUGGAAGGUCACAGACUACAAGCUGAAGAAGAAGGAGGCGCUGGACGGACACACAGUAUCCAUCUUUAGCCAGCCCUUCUACACCAGCCGGUGUGGCUACAGGCUCUGCGCUAGAGCGUACCUGAAUGGGGACGGGUCCGGGAAGGGGACGCAUCUGUCGUUGUACUUUGUGGUGAUGCGAGGGGAGUUUGACUCACUGUUGCAGUGGCCAUUCAGGCAGAGGGUGACCCUGAUGCUUUUGGACCAAAGUGGCAAAAGGAACCACAUUAUGGAGACCUUCAAGGCUGACCCCAAUAGCAGCAGCUUUAAAAGACCCGAUGGGGAGAUGAACAUUGCCUCUGGCUGUCCACGCUUCGUGGCUCAUUCCACUUUGGAGAAUGCCAAGAACACCUACAUUAAAGAUGACACCCUGUUCUUGAAAGUGGCUGUGGAUCUAACUGACCUGGAGGAUCUCUAAUCACUGCUUCUGGGGUGAUAAAAGGACUCCUUGAAUCCAGAACCUUUGGUUAAUGUAGUGACUGAAUGUAGGCUCGACACACACUUGUAUUUGGCUCUUUGCCCUUAAUGUUUGAAGUCAUUUUGAGAUUUCUCAAGUGCUGUCUUCUUUUUACAUUUUAUUCUGUCCCAGUUUGAAACUGACAAUACUUAGAAUAUCUUCUCAUUAUUUAUAUUUUUAUAUCUCUUGAAAGAUGCUAAUUUUCUUAAAGGUAAGGUCUGGGGCAUACCUCUUUUACUGGUGCUUAGUGUGGGGUCUCAGGGUGGGCCCUCUAUAAUAUUAAAUGUCAUUGAGGACACAGAAGUAGAAUUUCCAGUUGAAAAUGCUUUGGGUUUUUUUUUUUUUUUUUUUUUUGGUACGCGGACCUCUCACUGUUGUGGCCUCUCCCGUUGCGGAGCACAGGCUCCGGACGCGCAGGCUCAGCGGCCGUGGCUCACGGGCCCAGCCGCUCUGCGGCAUGUGGGAUCUUCCCGGACCAGGGCACGAACCUGUGUCCCCUGCAUCGGCAGGCAGACUCUCAACCACUGCGCCACCAGGGAAGCCCCAUGCUUUGGUAUUUUAUAUUUGACCUUUUGAUUCUAGACCUGACCGUAAGCCUGCAAAAACUAUCUUUUAGGAUAGGCUAUUCCAGUUAGGUAGAUGGGUAAUGUACUUCAAUCUGCCCAGUUUGGACCAGACUUUUUCUGGUUAUAUACUGUAUUUGUGGAAAUUACUACACCUUUAAUAUUUUCAUGAAGUUUACCAGGAGUCAGCAAGCACAGUUUUGCAAGGAUGCAUAAGAAGUGGUGAAUAGAGUAAGCAUUUUCAUUCCCCCUGUUGAAGUAAAGCAGAAAGCACGGCAUAGUUUAUACAUAAGGAGGUACAGCCAUCCAGCUAAAGUUCAGAUUUUAUUAGGUUCAAGCACAUGAAAAAAACAUUUUCAAACAAAAUGAUCAAAUGUUAUGAGUUUCGUAAGAUUCAACUUAAUAAAUAUAUGUACAUGUAUACAAAUAGUUUAAAGGUAUUUGGUAAGAAUAGUAAAUUAAUAUGAGGAUGGGCAGAAUUUAGUAUAUGAUGGAGAAGAAAAUGUCAAAAAUGGAUAAGAGGAAUUUAAAACGAGAACACCAUUACAAUUUCCUAUGGGUGUUCGUAUUCCCAUCCGAAAUUGAUGGCUAAAAGCAGUAUCUCCUAUUCUUUUUGAGAGGAAUUUUGAAUCCAUAAAUUGAUAUGAAAAUGGGCACUUAUGUAAACUUGUGAUGUUUCUUGUCGAAGUCCUGAGUACUUUGUGAAGAACAGAAAUGAUCGUGUUCUUCUACAUCUAUCUGUAUGGGUCUGGGAGUGUAAAUACAAGUCUACCUGAGUCCUUCUGACUCUUGAUAAGCCUGAGCUUAACAAGAAACUACCCAGUUUUCCUGAGCCCUAACUCUUGUUAUGCCACCGAGCAUGGCCGACACUCAGCUGGCUCCCUUGAGCGUGCAAGGGCAAGCUGCUCACUCGGGUGAUGACCACACACCUUAAAACUCUUGAUCAGUUGACCUCACAGAAGCAUAUGAUUUACACCAGUGGCUUCUGGAAUAAAUGGAACUUUCUUCAUCUCUCCUGUGAAAUUUCCAAGAUACCAAAGACUCAUACUGCACAAAUCUUCCCAAAGGGUUAAAUUCAAAGACCUAGGUUCACAAUAGAAAUCUGCUAAAGAACUACCCUGAGUCUGCUGGUGAACUGGGGUACAGCUGACGGUCAGCACAUUCCCUCAGACAAACUCAGGAAGUGUUUCUCUAGACCCCAGAGCUGGACGCAGGUGGCGCUGUGUGCUUGUUUUCAAUGUUUCUCAUCAAGUCCAAAGUCAUCCUUGUGUUCCUGAGGAACAGAUCACACUGUUGUAACUAGUUUUAAGUCUUUGAUGUGAAAAACAUUUUAAAAAGCAAAUUUAUCAAAAUACUGAUUUUGUGCUUUAACCAACUUCUCUACAUAAAAAAUGUAAGUCAUGGCAUGGUUUGCCUUAUGAGUUCAGAGUCCCUUCAUCAUUGAAACAGUGAACACAAAACAAGGUAUUCUGAAAUAAAAAGCACUUCUUUCUCACAAAAUAAGAGUUGUGAAUUUUGUUUUAAGGAAGUCGAGCCAUGGAAACUUAUUUUUCCUUUUUAAUGAUCUGAACGGUUAUUUUUAUUCUGUAUCUG